GCGGCGCGGGCACAGCCAUGACCCGGCGGGCCGGGGGCGCUCGGCUGCUCGGCGGCCUCCUGCUCUUAGCCCUGCUCGCUGCCGGCGCCGCCCCGCUCAGCUGGGAUCUCCCGGAGCCCCGCAGCCGAGCCAGCAAGAUCCGGGUGCACCCGCGGGGCAACCUCUGGGCCACUGGUCACUUCAUGGGCAAGAAAAGUCUCGAGCAUCUCAGCCCAUCCGCGUUGGGGACAGCUCCUCACACCUCCCUGAGGGACCAGAGACUGCAGCUGAGUCAUGAUCUGCUCAGGAUUCUCCUGCUAAAGAAAGCCCUGGACAUGAGCCUCAGUGGCACAGCAUCCCAUACUCAGGAGGCUGCUGGUGCAAAUACUGCAGAAGUGAUGUCAAUAAUGGGACAGAGAGGACAACGCGGCUUAGAUUGUGCCCACCCAGGGAAGGUGCUGAAUGGGACCCUGCUAGUGGCCCCACCUGGAUGUAAAUCCAAAGCUCAAAUCUCUGUUACUCCAUUACUGUGAUUUCUGGUUGUGUCGCCAGGAAUAUCACUGAUGCAGACACAAAUUAGUUCCUG